GAUUGAUUUCAUAGAUGUGUUGGUUUGUGUAUUCUAUAUUGUUUGCCUAAAUAAUUAACUAUAUUAGAGAGUUCUAUCAUGUAAUUAGAUAUUCCAUAAUAUUUAUUAGCACAUGGUGAUUGUUUAGGCCCGAAAGAUCGAAUCGUACCGAAACAUGUAACUUGUUUCCGUAAAAUUACCCUAGAUUUGUGCAGAUGCGAAACAUAGAUAGCUUUUUUUUGGCACUGUUUCAAUUCAUUGAUUUUUGUGGUCUCGUGGUAAAGCAUUGGUUCUGUAUUUUAGGAAAGCAUUGAUUUUUCAUUUUUGUGGUCUCUUAUGGAUGAUUUUCAAUUGAAAUAAAUAGAUUUUCUCGUUCUGGUUUUGUCCAAAAAUCUAUCUUAUUGCGUUCAAAGAGUUUGGGUUUUUGUAGAUUCUAAUGGUUGUUUGAUCAAUGCAGUCAUGGCAGGAGUUGCACCUGAAGGUUCCCAGUAUGAUGCUCGCCAGUAUGACAGCAAAAUGAGUGAAUUGCUUUCUGAGGAAGGAAGUGAUUUCUUCACUUCAUAUGACGAGGUUUAUGAAAGCUUCGAUAAAAUGGGUUUGGUAGAGAAUCUUCUUAGAGGAAUCUAUGCUUAUGGUUUCGAGAAACCUUCUGCUAUUCAACAGAGGGGAAUAGUCCCAUUCUGCAAGGGUCUUGAUGUUAUUCAGCAAGCCCAGUCUGGUACAGGAAAAGUUUUUCCAUAUCAGAACUCGUCUGAACUUAUAAAAGAAUAA